AAACUGCAAUACACACGAGCGAAGAAACCAGAAGCCAAACAUUUGGUCUAUUUAAGCAUAUUUAUCAGGAACAAAGGCACCCCCAGGACAAGAGUAAAUUGAUAGACAAAUUCGGAAGUCGCUGAUUGAUAGAUGAAGUUUAUGUUUAACUAUAGCCGAGUCUAUCCUAACGUUAACUGGUUUAACAUCUAACGUUAACGCUAAGGCAGGUAACUUUCAACGUUAGAUUCUGUUGAAACAAGCAAGAUGCCAUCCCGUGUUGAGGAUUACGAGGUGUUGUACACUAUAGGCUCAGGUUCCUAUGGAAGAUGCCAGAAAAUAAGACGGAAAUCUGAUGGGAAAAUCCUUGUGUGGAAGGAGCUGGACUAUGGCACCAUGGCGGAGAGCGAAAAGCAGAUGCUGGUGUCGGAGGUGAACCUCCUGAGGGAGCUCAAACACCCUAACAUAGUGAGGUACUAUGACCGCAUCAUAGACCGGACUAACACCACGCUGUACAUUGUCAUGGAGCACUGCGAGGGUGGGGAUUUGUCCAGCCUCAUCACCCGAUGCAUCAAGGAAAGGCGUUAUUUGGAGGAGCAGUUCAUCCUGCGAGUCAUGGCACAGCUCACACUAGCCUUAAAGGAGUGCCACAGACGCAGUGAUGGCAGGGCCACGGUUCUUCAUCGAGACCUGAAACCAGCCAACAUCUUCCUCGACAUCAGACAGAAUGUGAAGCUCGGAGACUUUGGCCUAGCGAGGAUCUUGAACCAUGACACAAGUUUUGCAAAGACAUUCGUCGGGACGCCUUAUUACAUGUCUCCAGAACAAAUAAACCGGAUGUCUUACAACGAGAAGUCAGAUAUUUGGUCACUGGGAUGUUUGCUGUAUGAACUCUGUGCAUUAUCUCCUCCGUUUACUGCUUACAACCAAAAAGAGCUGGCAGAGAAGAUCAGGGAGGGGAAGUAUAGAAGAAUCCCGUACCGAUACUCUGAGGAACUGAACACCUUACUCAGCAAAAUGCUCAACUUGACGGACUAUCUGAGGCCCUCUGUGGAGUCUAUUCUCCAGAGCAGCCUGUUGGCUGACGCUGUUGCCGAGGAGCAGAGGAGGGCGCAGGUGCGACUCCGAAGGAGGUCGGCGGACUCUGACUGUCCCCUUCACAAGCCGGCUGAACCAACACCCGCCUCUGUCGCAGAGCUCAGACUCAGGGAGCAGGCGCUGCGAGACAGAGAAAGGGCACUGAAGGAACGUGAGGAGAGGCUUGAGCAAAGAGAGCAGGAGCUUUGUGUUCGUGAGCGACUGUCAAAUGAUAAGCUUGCAAGAGCAGAGAGUUUACUGAAGAAUUACAACCGUCUACAGCAGCAGAGAGACCUGGCGCCGUUCUAUGGCAAACACAUAGGUGAGGAGAACCUCUCACCCGACAAGAAGAAGGUCCACUUUGCUGGCGAGAGCAAAGAGAACCAGCGGCCUGAUGGUCGUCAGAGUGUGACGUCCCAGGAGCUGAUUCUGAGGAGGCUGCAGGCGGCCAAUCUGCGCGCUCAGACACUGAGCGAAGUGGAGAAGACCUGUCAGUUCAAGAGCAGGCAGAUACUCGGCAUCCGCUGAUCAUACAGAUAUCGCUGUCUGACUUGUGACUGAAUGUGAAAGCUUCUGCUAAGAGUCAUAAUAACUGGAUGUAAAUUAAGCUUUAUUUAUGUGAUAAUUCAGUAGCUGUGACGGUAGUGAAGCCAAAUGAUUCAAACCAGUGUAUUGUCGUGUAUGUUUUUGCAAGCUUUGUAGUGUCUGAAUUUGAUCUAGUUUGAUUUGUGGAUAUGUGAAUUUUAUAGAUGAUCUAUUGUGAUUGUCAAUGUACUGUAUAUUCUUGCAAAAUAUGUGUAAGUCAGUUUUCUUUUACACACUGCUUGGAAAUAGACAUAAAAAGGCAUAUUCUUUGA